AUGCUGUCGUCGAAUAUCCGAUCGAGAGCUCUGGGGUUGAGCCGACGAGCUCAGUUGCAGAACACUCGUCUUCCACCUGCCGGGCGCCGUUAUAAAUCCGACGAGUCUCUCAACCGAUUCUCCUCGAAGAUCACACAACCCAAGUCCCAGGGCGCCUCACAAGCGAUGCUGUAUGCCACCGGCCUGACAGAGGAGGACAUGUCGAAGCCGCAGGUCGGUAUCUCCUCGGUGUGGUUCGAGGGUAACCCAUGUAACAUGCACCUGAACGACCUGUCUGGGAUUGUCCGUGAUUCCGUCCGCCGGGCGGGUCUGGUCCCUAUGCGAUUCAACUCGGUCGGGGUGUCAGAUGGGAUCAGUAUGGGCACAGAAGGAAUGAGAUACAGCUUACAGAGUCGGGAGCUUAUUGCCGAUGGCAUUGAAUCUGUGAUGAAUGGCCAGUGGUAUGAUGCGAAUGUGUCGCUACCGGGUUGCGAUAAGAAUAUGCCUGGUGUGUUAAUGGCGAUGGGACGCACGAAUCGGCCUAGUAUCAUGGUCUACGGCGGUAGUAUCAAGCCCGGAUGCAGUGCAAAGGGCCAAAAGUUGGAUCUGGUCAGUGCAUUCCAGUCGUAUGGCCAGUACAUUACUGGCCAGAUCGACGAGAAAGAGCGGUUCGAUAUUAUUCGCAAUGCAUGCCCCGGCAGAGGUGCUUGUGGUGGCAUGUACACCGCAAAUACCCUGGCGACGGCUAUUGAGACUAUGGGUAUGACCGUUCCCGGUAGCAGUAGUUGUCCAGCAGACGAUCCUAAGAAGCUGGUCGAAUGUGAAAACAUCGGUGAGGUGGUGAAGAAUAUGCUCAGGGAAGAUAUCAGACCUAGUGAUGUUUUGACCCGUCAAGCAUUUGAGAAUGCAAUGAUUGUGGUAAAUAUACUGGGGGGUAGUACCAACGCUGUUCUACACCUGAUUGCUAUUGCUGACUCGGUCGGUAUUAAAUUGACUAUCGAUGACUUCCAAGCAGUAUCCGAUAAGACACCAUUCCUGGCUGACUUGAAGCCAUCUGGAAAAUAUGUCAUGAAUGACCUAUACACUAUCGGUGGUACACCGGCCCUCCUUAGAUACCUUCUGAAAGAGGGCCUGAUCGACGGCUCAGGAAUCACGGUCACCGGUAAAACAAUGAAGGAGAAUGUGGCCUCAUGGCCUGACUUCCCUGCUGACCAGGACAUUAUCCACCCCCUCAGCAAACCUAUCAAGCCAUCCGGUCAUCUCCAGAUUCUUCGCGGAUCGCUCGCUCCGGGCGGUUCGGUGGGUAAGAUUACUGGCAAGGAAGGUCUGCGGUUCGAGGGCACAGCCAAGUGCUACGACUACGAAGAUGCAUUCAUAGAGUCACUUGAGCGGGGUGAGAUCAAAAAAGGCGAGAAGACUGUUGUUAUUAUCCGGUACGAAGGUCCUAAGGGUGGUCCGGGUAUGCCUGAGAUGCUUAAGCCUAGCUCCGCUAUCAUGGGUGCUGGUCUCGGCCAGGACGUUGCGCUUCUCACGGAUGGGAGAUUCUCUGGUGGUAGUCACGGAUUCUUGAUCGGACAUAUUGUACCUGAAGCCAUAGAGGGCGGCCCAAUUGCACUAGUACGAGACGGUGAUAGGAUCGUGAUUGAUGCUGAGGAAAGAGUGAUUGAUUUGGACAUUCCGGCUGAGGAGCUUGAGAAGAGGAGGAAGGAGUGGAAAGCACCCCCGUUCCGAUACCAAAAGGGAACCUUGAAGAAGUAUGCCACGCUGGUCAGCGAUGCCAGUCAUGGCUGUGUUACGGACGGACCGAUCUAG